AUGUCUGAUCCAGGACCUGCUAUAGACGCCAUUGAAGUUGAAGGUAAGAGCUCAGCUAAUAAAGCAUUAAGCGCGAAAGAAACCCCCCUUCUCGACAAUCGCAAAGAUAAUUAUAUCAAAGCCAAUGGCAAUAGUAAAGUACUCCCUGUCAAAGGUAAAUCGGCGCGAACACGCGGCUCUCGUAGAGUAGUAACUGAAACGAUUGGUUACAAUUGUCAAACGUGUGAAUCGGUUGAUACUAAUCAAAUGGUACAGUGCGAUGCCUGCGAUGGUUGGCAUCAUUUCGAUUGCGUGGGUGUCGAUGAUCGAGUUGAGGAUAGAUCGUGGCGGUGUUUGAAGUGCGUUACGGUUGUGAAGAAACGAGUAUCCAAGCGAUCGAAGGCGGAAAAAGUGGAUAAAAAGGCUUCAACUUCCGUGAAGGGAGAUACAGCGGUAGAUGGAUUCACGAAGAAGCAACCAGAUGCCGUGAAACAGUACAAACAACAGGAGGAGAGUAAUCAACAGUCUAAGUCUCCAGAGUCGAUAUCCGUGAUGUCGUAUACGUCUAGAAAAUCUACUAGACUUCAACUAGAGUUACAGCUGCGAAAACUAGAUGCAGAGAAGUCGCUACUGGAAGAGAAAAAGAAGCUGAUUGACAAAAAAUACAGCGUUCUACAAGAGUUAGCGGAACUUGAAGAUGAAGAUGGUAAAACCGACUCAGUAGAUGGUGUUUCCAAGGUGGAGGAUUGGCUACGCGACGGAGUAGAUAAUAAUACAGACGAGACGGCGGAUUCAAACGAGGACUAUCUUAGGACUGAUAUGAAAGAUGAUACCGACGAGAAAGAGCAACAAGAUCCACCAUCCAGUGACAAGGAUUUUGAGCCAACGCAACGUUCGACUCCUAAAACUGUCCCACGAAGGCAGGAGAAGAAAAUUGGUAUCCGUGGUAAUCAACUGAAUUUCAGCCUGACUCGAAACCAGCUCGCGGCCCGCCAAGUUGUUGCCAGAGAUCUGCCCAUAUUCUCCGGAAAUCCAGAAGAGUGGCCAAUUUUCUUUUCCACUUUUGAGAGUACAACGCAAAUGUGCGGGUACACCAACGAUGAAAAUAUGAUUCGUCUAAGAAGCUGUCUAAAGGGAGAUGCAUUCGCCGCAGUAAAGAGCUUUCUACUUCAUCCGUCGACAGUGAAUAGAGCAAUGGGUGCACUUAAAUUGAGAUUUGGCCAGCCAAGGUUUGUCGUUCAUUCGUUAAAAGAGAAAAUUUUGGCAAUGCCCCCGGUAAAACCGGACUCACUGAAUAAAAUGAUUGAUUUUGCUCUGUCGGUACAAAACCUUGAAGCUACAAUCGAUGCGUGUGGCCAAAGCGAGCUUAAGCGAGAUUCAUCCCUGAUAAACGACCUGAUUGGCAAACUUCCAGUCACGAUGAAGCUAGAAUGGGCCAGGCAUACUAGAUGCUUGCGAAAAAUUACGUUAGCAGGUUUCAGUAAAUGGAUUUAUGACAUGGCUGAGGAUGCUUGUUUGGUAGCUGAACCAGUUAGGAAUCAGGAAACGACCCAAUAUCCCGAUUCUCGCAAAAAGCCAAAGGCUUUCUUGAAUGCCCAUAUCGACCAGCAGAAUUGGAAGAAAGAAGGCCAACAAGCAUCCGGUGCUUCCAAGCAAAAAACGCCUGUGUACCAGUGUAUAGUAUGCAAAGGAGUUUGCGCUUCAUUCGCAAAGUGUAAAAGGUUUCUGGAUUUGUCAUAUGACGGAAGAUGGGCAGCCAUCCGAGAGGCUAGAGUCUGCCGGAAAUGUUUGAAGCAGCACAACGGAGGAUGUGAAUCAAAGGAAUGUGGAGUAAAUGGAUGUACCUACAAGCAUCAUCCCUUGCUACACAAAGAGCUGAAUGCAGAUACGUCACCGAUUACUAAACCGAAGCGUGAAGAGCAGUCGUGUAACGCCCAUCAGACUUGUUCAAGCUCUAUUUUGUUCCGGUACAUUCCGGUCGUGAUUUACGGUAAUGGAACUGUGAUGCAUUGCUAUGCCUUUCUGGACGAUGGAUCCUCGAAGACUUUUAUGGAUGAGGAGCUGGCGAAGGAGUUAAAUCUCUCUGGUGAACGCCGCCCAUUAUGCCUCAAAUGGACCGGAGGCAUGCACCGUUCGGAAGAUGAUUCACACAGCGUUAAAUUCCAAAUCUCUGGUUUGAGAGGAAAACGAUUCCUUUUUGAGGACGUUCGGACAGUGAAAGAACUUCAAUUGCCGUAUCAAACGCUCAACCUGGAACAGUUACAGACGGAAUACAAUUAUUUGAAAAGAGUUCCAGUGCAAUCUUAUCGAGAUGUUCGGCCACGUCUUCUAAUAGGUGUUCAACACGCGAAUGCUACACUUGUACGGAAAAGUCGUGAAGGCAAACCAGGUGAUCCGAUAGCUGUUAAAACUAAUCUCGGAUGGACAAUCUACGGAGGGGCUCCAAGUGAUCAGCCUAUGAACAUGGUUCACUAUACGUAUCAUGUUUCCUGCUGUGAAAAUGAGACCGAACAGAUUACUGACAUGGAUAUGAACCAUGCCAUGAAGGAGUAUUUCUCAUUGGAAAGUCUUGGCAUCAUGUCACCGGCUAAGCAGAUUCGUUCCCUCGAAGAUGAUCGUGCGUUAAGCCUCUUGCGAGAGCGCACUCAUUUCAACGGAGACAGGUAUGAAACAGGACUGCUCUGGAAGCACGAUAAUGUGAGAUUACCUGACAAUAAAACAAUGGCGCAAAAACGUUUCAACCAUCUUGAACGGCGAUUGGCCAAGGAUCCUGAUCUGGCACGGUUAGUUAAAGAGAAACUUAUAGACUACAUUGCCAAAGGCUAUGUACGUAAGCUGACCACCGACGAACUGGCAGAAACUCACGAACGCACCUGGUAUUUACCGUUCUUUCCGGUAACAAACCCGAAUAGGCCGGGGAAGAUCAGACUCGUCUGGGAUGCAGCAGCUACGACAUGUGAAAUAUCGCUGAAUUCUGCUUUGCUCACUGGUCCAGAUCUGCUUACACCGUUGGUACACGUUCUCUACAAUUUUCGAGCGAGACGCUUCGCGAUAUGCGGAGACAUACGCGAAAUGUUCCACCAGGUAGCUAUGAGCAAAGAAGAUCAACAUAGUCAGCGUUUUUUCCUGCGGGAUGAAGUGGAACUUGAGGAACCCAGUACGUUCGUUAUGCAGGUUAUGACCUUCGGUGCUUCCUGUUCUCCAGCAAUUGCGCAAUUCGUAAAAAACAUGAAUGCAGAACGAUUUUGUAAUCAGUAUCCUGCUGCUGCGAGAGCAAUCAUACGUUGCACGUACGUCGACGAUAUGCUGAGUAGUACUGAAACGGAACAGGAAGCAAUCGAGCUGGCAAGGUCUGUCUGGUUUGUUCACAAAAGCGGUGGAUUUGAAAUUCGGAAUUGGAUGUCUAACUCGCCAGCAGUUCUAAAUGCACUUUGUGGCGAUCAAGCUACUGAGAAAAGCCUCGAGCUAUCGUCAGCCUUAGCGACUGAGAAAGUGCUUGGCAUGUGGUGGUGCACGAAGUCUGACUGUUUCACCUAUAAGUUGAAUUGGACGAGGUUUGGAAAAGAUCUGUUGGGCGGCAAGUGUUUUCCCACGAAGCGCGAAGUACUGCGCAUCAUGAUGUCCAUCUACGAUCCAUUGGGCCUAAUUUCUCAUUACCUCAUGUACCUAAAGGUAUUAUAUCAAGAAAUCUGGCGCACAGGCGUUGGAUGGGACGAGAAGAUUGAUCAAAGGUGCUUUGAUAAAUGGCAGUCGUGGCUGAAACUUCUACCUGACAUCGAGCAUUUGGAAAUACCGCGAUGCUAUAGGCGCAAAAUAUCAAUAGAUAAACAAACAGCAAUACAACUACACACCUUCGUUGAUGCCAGCGAAAAUGGCAUGGCAGCCGUGGCGUAUCUACGUUUCGAGAAUACCGACACAGUGGAAUGUUCGUUAGUUACCGCAAAGACCCGUGUAGCUCCACUCAAAUAUACCACCAUUCCUAGAUUGGAGCUGCAAGCAGCGCUCAUUGGUGCCAGAUUGGCGAAUUCUGUCAUACAAGGACUAGAUUUCAAAGUAUCUCGAUGCGCCUUCUGGACAGAUUCAAGAAACGCUCUAUCUUGGAUAUGCGCAGAUCACCGUAAGUACAGCCAAUUUGUGGCUGCUCGCGUUAGUGAGAUUUUAGAUCUGACGAACGCAUCGGAUUGGAAAUGGGUUUCUACUAAAUGGAACGUAGCAGAUGACGGAACCAAGUGGCAACGACGUCCUUCCUUUGUUAAUCAGAGUAGAUGGUUUCAAGGUCCCGAAUUUCUUUGGCGACGACAAGACGAAUGGCCCGCUACACCCGCUGAAACUGCCGAAACUUCCGAAGAGUUACGAGUCAACAUACACAUUCACUACACAUCAAUAAAAGUGGAGUUUCCAGUGAACAAUUUCCGCGAUUGGAAGCGACUGACUCGCACAACUGCAUAUAUCUUCCGCUUCCUUCGUAACGCUCAACCGAACAAAUAUACUAGACUUAGCAACGGCUUAACAAGCGAUGAAAUUCGUGGAGCAGAAACAUUUCAUAUUCGCGCUGCACAGCAGGCUAAGUUUCCUGAAGAGUACUCCACACUUCGUCAGAAAGGUAAAGACGCAUCGCUUCUUAAACGAAGCAUCUUAUUCAAAUUGUCCCCCUAUAUCGACGAAAAAGGGCUACUACGUAUGGCAGGGAGAAUAGGGGCAUGCGAAUAUGUUUCACCAGACACGAUCAAUCCUAUCAUCCUUCCUCGCGACCACCCGGUAACACAUCUAUUCAUACGGAGCUAUCACGACAAAUUUCACCAUCACAAUCAUGAAUCGGUUAUCAACGAAAUUCGUCAAAGGUUUUGCGUUAGUCGACUGCGCCGAGUGUACGCCAAAGUUAGACGUGAUUGUCAGCACUGUAAUUUGAAAGAUGCUCGUCCCCGUCCUCCAGCAAUGGCAGAUCUUCCUCCGUGCAGACUUGCCGCGUUCGUUCGACCGUUUACUCACACCGGAAUAGACUAUUUUGGUCCAAUGGAAGUGUCUAUUGGUAGAAGAGUCGAGAAGAGGUGGGGGGUUCUCUUAACAUGUCUCACUAUACGCGCCGUCCAUAUUGAAUUAGCUAGCUCUUUAACCACUAACUCAUGCAUAAUGGCCAUAAGAAAUUUCAUAGCUCGUCGUGGAACUCCAGCUGUAUUUUACAGUGAUAGAGGUACCAACUUCAUCGGCUCCGAGCGGGAGCUUAAGCAAUCGUUGGAGGCCAUUGACAAAAAUAAAAUGGCACAGGAGUUUGUUAGUUCUAGUACCGUAUGGAGUUUUAAUCCACCAGCCACGCCCCACAUGGGGGGGAGCUGGGAGAGGCUCGUCCAGUCUGUUAAACGCACCUUAUCGGAAAUAAAACUGUCUACAAGACCGACAGACGAGGAGCUUAAGAACGCGCUGAUGGAGGUUGAGGCAAUCCUCAACGCGCGACCACUCACGCACGUGGCAAUCGAAGAUGAGGCGGCACCUGCACUUACCCCAAAUCACUGGUUAUUGGGAUCGUCUGAUGGAUCAAAACCGUGGUCUCUGCUGGACAGUAAUUCAAUCGCACUGCGACGUGGCUGGCAUCUAUCCCAAGUAUUUGCAAAUCACUUCUGGAAGAGAUGGCUCAGGGAGUACUUACCGGAGAUAACGAGGCGCAGCAAGUGGCACCGAAAGGUUCCACCGAUUAAAGAGGGUGACAUAGUGCUGAUCGUGGAUCCGGAGAGUCCAAGAAAUUGUUGGCCCAAGGGGCGCGUUAUUGGCACAGUAAAUAGAGAUGGGCAGGUACGCAAGGUGACGAUACGAACAGCUAAAGGUGUCUACGAGAGAGCAGCUGUAAACGUCGCGGUAAUUGACGUCAGUGGUUCCCAACGUGAAGCACCUAAGAAGGAGUUAGCAGACUCAGUGGUGGAGUCAGCGAACUGGGGGGGAGUGUCACCGAAACCCCUUGGUGUCGAUACCAGCGAAUAA